AUGAAAGCCAAACCUCAGGACCUUUCUACGGUGAAUUUGGAACAGUAUCAUGCAAUCAAAAGUUGUAGAUGUGGCCAAAUAUCAAUAAACGAAAAGAAGGAACACCGCGAAGAGACCUUUUUCCGCAGGCUGGGUUCUUGGCGAUGGCGCGUUGCAUAUUUGGCUUUGUUUGGAAUGAUCACUCAGAUUAUGCACCGGAACUGCAUCAGCUUUGCGUUGGUGUGUAUGUGUAAAGGAGCAAAAGACAACACAAGUGUUCCACAUACACACUCAGAGAAUGGUGAAAUGUCCAUUAACGAGGUAAGUGACGAUAUACUUUGGGACAGAACAACCCAAAGUCUAAUCCUGUCGGCGUAUUUUUAUGGACAGCUUGUUUCUCCUUUCAUUUCCGGUCAUGUGUCACUGCGGUUCGGAAUCAAAUGGCCAAUGGCAAUAUACAUGCUGCUAUCUUCAAUUCUCCUAGUAUUGACACCAAGUGUUGCUCGAACAAGCUCCUAUUUGCUCAUAACAAUUCGAGCGAUACAAGGAUUUCUAGGGUCUGGAUGCCUGCCUAUGUUUUCUCAGCUGUGGGAUGAGUGGUCACCAAAGUCUGAGCGCAGUGAGCUUCUAGCCUUUACAUUCUCAGGAUUGGAUCUUGGAGUGGUUAUUGCAUUUGCGAGUUCGGGGUACCUUUGCACCAUUCCUAUAGAUGGUGGAUGGCCAUUUAUUUUCUACACCUAUGGGGGUGUGACUGUUUUAUGGUUAAUUGUAUGGCUUAUAUUUGUGACGGACUCCCCGACCUCUCACCGCUGGAUCAGUGUCCAGGAAACAACGUACAUAGUGGGGGACAGACACGAUAAUUUUAAAGAAAAGUGUAGAUGCGAGCACACCAAAAUAAAAGCCCCUUGGCUACUUAUCCUGAAGUCGGGGCCUGUUUGGGCAAUGAUUACUGCAAUGCUUACGGUUGCCUAUGGGAUGACAGCUGUAUUUUCAUACCUUCCAAAAUAUAUGAAUGAUGUCUACAAGUUAAACACUAGUGAUAACGGUAAGAUGUCAGCCCUUCCUUUUCUUGGACGAAGCAUAUCCAUUAUUUCCAUUGGACUCAUAGCUGAUAAAAUACUACAAUGGAAUCGAAUGUCAGUGACCAAUUUGCGGAAGGUCAUUCAAUGUCUUUCAUCCUUCACAGGCGCAAUAUUCAUCCUCUCCAUUAAGUACGUAAAUCAAGGCGAUAUGGCCAUUCUUCUGUUGACCAUAUCUACUAUGGCUCUUGGCGGCACCAUGUCUGGUUCCUAUACAAACGCUCUAGAGUUAGCACCCAGAUUUGCCUCAUCGCUUUCUGGACUGGCCUUUACUAUUAAUGCUUUGGGACAGAUCACCGCGCCCAUGAUAACAUCUCUCUUGAUAAAAGAAGAUUCUGAUGAAAGCUGGAGGAAUGUGUUUUUGUCUCUGGCCUGUGUAUACUGUUUUGGGGGUAUUAUCUACGGUCUCUUUGGUAGCAGCGAUGAACUGCCUUGGUAUACUCAGAUGGAGGAGGCGUUAGGAACGAAAAACAUACCUAGUAUCUCUUCAACUGUCGCAAGCACAGAAUAUAUGGAAAAGGGAAAAAUUACUGACGCCUUUUUUACGAAAGACAAGACGAAAUUAAACAACGAAGAAAAUAUAAGAAAUGUAUAAGCAAGUCGGUCAGUUGUAAAGA